CCUGGGGACGCCGGCGCUCCGCUAGACGCGACGCCCCCGAGAGCGCCCGCCGCGCGCGGGUCGGCCUCCGGCUGUCCCGGGCUGCCGAGGAGCGUCCGGCGUUCCCCGAGGGCGGGCGUGUCUGCGCAGCGCGGGGCGGGCGCCGAGCGCGGGGCCGCAGCCUGUUGGAGCGCGGGGACCGCCGGGCUGGGGGCGCGGGCAGCCCUGCGGGGGACCGCGCGGGCCCGGGUUCCUGUGCACAGCAGUUUUCUCGAACUCUCCAUCUCCGCUUCAUUGGGGCGCAACGCUGCCGGGAGACCCCGUCCGGAUCUGCCGAAGAAAGGAGUGUCAUGAAAAAGGAACAGAAAAAGAGACGUCUCUGUUGGUGAAAGGGGAGUUUUCUCACCCAGUCGGUGGUUGCUUCAUGAUUGGAAGAGAAGUACCUGGGUGGCUGAAGAGAUUAAAUUUUUAUAGUUGGACAGACGAAGCUGAUAAAUGAAGACAUGGAAAUGCUUUCUCUGGGUCGUAAUAGGCUGAUGAGUAAGCAAGCCUGAAAAAGACAGAUUUGAAAUGAGGACAGGAAUUUUGAGUUUUUUAAAACCAAGUAGGACUUUGAACACUUUUUGAGGAUGUUUUUCUUUCAAAAAAUGGAGGAAGAAAAACUUCUCAAAGCAACAAGUGUAAAAAGUUGAGAGGAAUAACAACUGAGUUCACACCAAGAAUUUGAGUACUUCAUCAACUUCUCUGGGUAGACACGCAAAGGUGUCAUACACGUAUGGUGGUUUUGUCAUCGGGGAUGGCCUCCUAUGCUAGGAAUGACUUAAUUUGGAUUUUGGAGUGCUUUUUCUUUGUCUUUGUUUUUUUUUUUUUUUAACAAAUGUGUGUUUUGACACUUCAUGUUAGAUAGAUUUAUGUAAAAGAAGGAAAUCCUGAAUUCAUAGUAUGUUUAACUUUAUACCACUGUUUACUGCCUGAUACAGAAAAAUUAGAGGUUUUAACAUUCCUUGAAGUUUUAUGGGAAGCAAAACUGUGUCAGGGACACAGAUACACAGUAUAAGUUUUCUCUUUUUGGCAACUGUACUUGGUUUGAAUGAGCCGAAUGUCAGCUGGAUUGCACAGCAUAUACGAUUUACAAUCUUGGUUUUAUCAAGGCCUUAAAUGUAUGUUUUCUACUAACAGAUGGGAAACACAUUGAACACUGUGUUUGACAUGUAUGCCUAAGGAAAGGAACUCCCCGAUGGAUCAUGGCGUUAAUGUUUACAGGACAUUUCUUAUUUUUAGUAUUAGCGAUGUUUGCUUUCUCUACUUUUGAGGAAUCUGUGAGCAAUUACUCUGAUUGGGCAGUUUUCACAGAUGAUAUAGAUCAGUUUAAGACACAGAAAGUGCAAGAUUUCAGACCCAACCAAAAGCUGAAGAAAAGUCUGCUUCGUCCAAGUUUAUAUUUUGAUGCAGGAGAAAUCCAAGCAAUGAGACAAAAGUCUCGCACAAGCCAUUUGCACCUUUUCAGAGCUAUCAGAAACGCAGUGACAGUUAUGCUGUCCAACCCAACAUACUACCUACCUCCACCCAAGCAUGCUGAUUUUGCUGCCAAGUGGAAUGAAAUUUAUGGUAACAAUCUGCCUCCUUUAGCACUGUACUGUUUGUUAUGCCCGGAAGACAAAGUUGCCUUUGAAUUUGUCUUGGAAUAUAUGGACAGGAUGGUUGGCUACAAAGACUGGCUAGUUGAGAAUGCACCCGGGGAUGAGGUUCCAGUUGGCCAUUCCUUAACAGGUUUUGCCACUGCCUUUGACUUUUUAUAUAACUUAUUAGAUGGUCAUCGAAGACAGAAAUACCUGGAAAAAAUAUGGAUUAUUACUGAGGAAAUGUAUGAGUAUUCCAAGGUCCGCUCAUGGGGCAAACAACUUCUCCAUAACCACCAAGCUACUAAUAUGAUAGCAUUACUCACUGGGGCCUUGGUGACUGGGGUCGAUAAAGGGUCUAAAGUAAAUCUGUGGAAACAGGUUGUAGUAGAUGUGAUGGAAAAGACGAUGUUUCUAUUGAAUCAUAUUGUGGAUGGUUCUUUGGAUGAAGGUGUGGCCUAUGGAAGCUACACAGCUAAAUCAGUCACACAGUAUGUUUUUCUGGCCCAGCGCCAUUUUAAUAUCAACAACUUGGAUAAUAACUGGUUAAAAAUGCACUUUUGGUUCUAUUAUGCCACCCUGUUACCAGGCUUCCAAAGAACUGUGGGUAUAGCAGAUUCUAAUUAUAAUUGGUUUUAUGGUCCAGAGAGCCAGUUAGUUUUCUUGGAUAAGUUCAUCUUAAAGAAUGGGGCUGGAAACUGGUUAGCCCAGCAAAUUAGAAGGCACCGACCUAAAGAUGGACCUAUGGUCCCCUCCACUGCACAGAGGUGGAGUACUCUUCACACUGAAUACAUCUGGUAUGAUCCCCAGCUCACCCCACAGCCUCCUGCUGAAUACGGUACUGCAAAAAUGCACAUAUUCCCUAACUGGGGUGUCGUCACUUAUGGGGCUGGGUUGCCAAAUACACAGACCAAUACCUUUGUGUCUUUUAAAUCUGGGAAGUUAGGGGGGCGAGCUGUGUAUGACGUAGUUCACUUUCAGCCGUACUCCUGGAUUGAUGGGUGGAGGAGCUUUAACCCAGGACAUGAACACCCAGAUCAGAACUCGUUUACUUUUGCCCCCAAUGGGCAGGUAUUUGUUUCUGAAGCUCUCUAUGGACCCAAGUUGAGCCACCUUAACAAUGUGCUGGUGUUUGCUCCGUCACCUACAAGCCAGUGUAAUAAUCCCUGGGAAGGUCAGCUGGGAGAAUGUGCGCAGUGGCUUAAGUGGACCGGUGAGGAGGUUGGUGACGCAGCUGGGGAAAUCAUCACUGCCUCUCAACAUGGAGAAAUGAUAUUUGUGAGUGGGGAAGCAGUGUCUGCGUAUUCUUCAGCAAUGAAGCUGAAAAGUGUAUAUCGUGCUUUACUUCUCUUAAAUUCUCAAACUUUGCUAGUUGUUGAUCACAUUGAGAAGCAAGAAGAUUCCCCGAUAGAAUCUGUCAGUGCCUUCUUUCAUAAUUUGGAUAUUGAUUUUAAGUACAUCCCGUAUAGGUUUAUGAGCAGGUAUAAUGGCGCCAUGAUGGAUGUGUGGGAUGCACACUAUAAAAUGUUUUGGUUUGAUCAUCAUGGCAAUAGCCCCAUUGCUAGUAUCCAGGAAGCAGAGCAAGCAGCUGAAUUUAAAAAAAGGUGGACUCAGUUUGUUAAUGUUACAUUUCAGAUGGAAUCCAGAAUCACAAGAAUUGCUUAUGUCUUUUAUGGGCCAUAUGUCAAUGUUUCCAGCUGCAGAUUUAUUGAUAAUUCUGAUUCUGGACUUCAGAUUUCUCUCAAUGUCAAUAAUACUGAACAGGUGGUUUCCAUUGUAACUGACUACCAUAACCUGAAGACAAGAUUUGAUUAUCUGGGAUUUGGUGGCUUUGCCAAUGUGGCUGAUCAGGGCCAAAUAACCAGAUUUGGUUUGGGCACUCAAGCAAUAGUAAAGCCCAUAAGACAUGAUAGAGUUAUUUUCCCCUUUGGAUUUAAAUUUAACAUAGCAGUUGGGUUGAUUUUGUGCAUUAGCUUGGUGAUUUUAACUUUUCAGUGGCGGUUUUACCUUUCUUUUAGAAAGCUAAUGCGGUGGAUCCUAAUACUUGUUAUUGCCUUGUGGUUUAUUGAGCUGCUGGAUGUGUGGAGCACUUGCACUCAGCCCAUCUGUGCAAAAUGGGCAAGGACAGAGGCCGAGGCAAGCGCGAAGUCUUCAUCUUCCGAAGGGCACCACAUUGAUCUUCCCGAUGUUGUCAUUACCUCACUUCCUGGUUCAGGAGCUGAAAUUCUCAAACAACUUUUUUUCAACAGUAGCGAUUUUCUCUACAUCAGGGUUCCUACAGCCUACAUUGAUAUCCCUGAAACUGAAUUUGAAAUCGACUCAUUUGUGGAUGCCUGUGAAUGGAAGGCAUCGGAUAUCCACACCAUGCAUUUCCGUUUACUCCGAGGCUGGUUGCAGUCCUUAGUCCAAGACACAAAAUUACAUUUGCAGAACAUCCAUCUGCAUGAACCUAGUAGGGCUAAACUGGCCCAAUAUUUUACAAUGAAUAAGGACAAAAAAAGAAAACUGAAAAGGAGAGAGUCUUUGCCAGAACAAAGAAGUAGAAUGAAAGGCGCCUUUGAUAGAGAUGCUGAAUACAUUAGGGCUUUGAGGAGACACCUGGUCUAUUACCCAAGUGCACGGCCUGUGCUCAGUUUAAGCAGCGGGAGCUGGACCUUAAAGCUUCAUUUUUUUCAGGAAGUUUUAGGAGCUUCCAUGAGGGCAUUGUACAUAGUGAGGGACCCUCGGGCGUGGAUUUAUUCAAUGCUGUACAGUAGUAAACCAAGUCUUUACUCUUUGAAGAAUGUACCAGGGCACUUAGCUAAAUUGUUUAAAAUAAAGGGAGGUAAAGGCAAAUGUAACUUAAAUUCGGGCUAUGCUUUGGAGUAUGAAUCAUUGAGGAAAGAAUUGUCAAAAUCCACGUCAAGUGCAGUCUCCCUGUUGGCUCAUUUGUGGCUUGCAAACACAGCAGCGGCCCUAAGAAUAAAUACGGAUUUGCUGCCUGCCAGCUACCAGCUGAUCAAGUUUGAAGAUAUUGUGCAUUUUCCUCAGAAAACCACUGAAAGGAUUUUUGCCUUUCUUGGAAUUCCUUUGUCUCCUGCUAGUUUAAACCAAAUAUUGUUUGCCACCUCCACGAACCUUUUCUAUCUUCCCUAUGAAGGGGAAAUAUCACCAACUAAUAUUAAUGUUUGGAAACAAAACUUGCCUAGAGAUGAAGUUAAACUCAUUGAAAGCAUCUGCUGGACACUGAUGGAUCAUCUAGGAUAUCCAAAGUUUGUGGACUAGAUGCUGCAGGUCAGCAGAAAUUUGCACUAAUACUUUCUGACCCAACUUGUGGAUAUGAAUUAGAAGAGUUUGUUUAUUCUUGUACUCUGUGUGUGUGUAUGUGUGGGUGGGUAGGUGGGUCUGUAUGUUUUCUGUCUGCUACUUGCACAGAGAGAUUGUUUUAAAAGUGGGUACCAUAGUUGUCUAGCAAGAUUUAUUUUUAUGUCACCACUUCUCUUGCCUUCGUUUCUCAAAUUUUUUCUGCUAAAAUGUGUCUGCUACAGAGUUGUAGAUGAAGUUAUAUCACAGGGAGUCGGGGAGAUGGGAAGGUUUUAAAGGUUUUUGUCUAACUCUCCUCCAUCUGUAACCGUGCUGAUGUAUCUUGGAACCUCAACCACUGCUAAAGGCCUUGAUUGUUGCUUUACUCAAGCAUCUUUUGCUUUCAAGAUGGACUACAAAAGUUCCUUAUCUUUUUUAAAAGGUCUUCUAACACAUUUAUCUUCACCCCAAAAAAAGAAUUUAUUUUCCUGUAGGUAAUGUUGGUGAUAUCGCUGGGAAAUGGUGAAAGCUCCUAUCAGAAUAUAGGAUUUCUUCUGGAAAAACAGCUGGAAAUACAGAAUGAAUAUGUUUUUUUGAGUCAGAAACAGUAACCUGAAAAGCCUUCUUAAAGUUUUUGUUUAGAACUAAUAAGGAAUCAGUCUUUGAACGAGCUGGGUGCCAAGGGCCGGUAGAAUACUUUAGACCUGCUUGUCUGUUUAAAACUCUCCCUUCUCUUUUUUGCCUCCUUGAAGCUACAGCUGUUCACAAUCACAGCACACCCACCCUGUCCUUUCUGUCACUGUCAUGCAAAACAAUCAGUAGCUGCUAAUUGCUAAACUCCCAAUAUUUGUGGGGAUUUUUUUUCCUGGAUGAUUAAUUUUGCAGUAAAGCCUGACAAAGACUUAGAAUCAAAUUUCUUUUUGAGGAAUUGUCACUGUAUGACUCAAAGAAAGCAGUGCCACUGCUGCCAGUGUUUCUGUAGACUGGAAACAGAGUUGGAAAACUGCCUGACUUAUCUUGCAUCCCUUUGAAUGAGUUUACAGACUGCCAGUGUCUGCAAAAGUUGAAGGCAAAUGGGAGAUGAUGUCAGAGGCAUCUGUUUCCUUUACCAUCUGCAUCUUAUUAUAAAUGGAGUCAUAAAAUGUGGUUCAUUUUAUUUUGGUAGGCUCUGAAAUCCAAAUGCUAUGCCAUUAUAAGCCAGUGGAGUAAUUACAAUGUAUUGGAUGAAAACUAUCAGGCAGUGCUGAGACUUGAUGAAAAUCCCGGUACAGAUUGCAGUCUUCUUUCUGAUGCUUCAGACUGUGGUUCUCCCACCCUCUCUGACACUUGGGAGUCUGUCAUGCUGACCUAGAUAAAAGUGGUUCUUUCUCAGCAGUUUGUUAUUAUGUCAAAAUGUGCCUCCAAAGUGAUAAAGCUGUGGAUAUGUUACAUUGCAGCUGCACCUCACUUGGUUGUCAUUUUUCUCCCAUCAGAGUGUGAAUGCAGGCUGCUCCUCUGCCCCCCCAAUAUCAGCUUCCUUCCCAAAGCUCUCACUGCUUCCUCCCUGUGAUGUCAGAAUUAAUGAAAAUCAUAUUCUGUUAAUAUAGAUUGAGAGGGCAACUGAAGACCUGAAUCUACACUAUUCUUCUCAAGGAAGAUUGUUCUUUCUAUCUCAGGGUUAUCAACAAGCAUGUAAGAUCGCUUCAUGGAUGAUUAUACUAUUUCCAUUAUUGGGCAGAGUCUCAGUGUUGGCUUUCAAUUCCCAGGAUGUGUGGUCUUGAAUUAGAUCAAAUAAAAAGGCUUAGGGUUGGCAGUAGCAUUAGGUCUGAUCGAGGUAAGAAUUACAGAUGUGUGCAGGAAACAAGAAAGAGUAGGAACUACCACUGCCUUUCUUUUAAUGUUGUACAGAAACACCCGCAGGCAGAAGGGAGCCAGGUUGAGUAUAUGGAGGAAUCGGGGGAGAGAUGGGGAAAAUGAGAGAGAUAGGAAUUCUGUGAAUGAAUAUGGGAACAAUAUGGGACCAUGUUAUGGAUAGCUAAAUAACGGGACACGCAAACAAAAUCAUCUUCACGGUAUAUCCUAACUUUCACCACUACGUAGCAAUGCCAAGGUGCGUUUCCAUCUCUACUUCCCGACUCUCAACCCCAGGGAAAGGUUCCUGGAGGGGGAAGACUUCUAUUUGCAGAUUCCCCUGUGAGAAUGAUAUGUAUGGGUGAAGGAUGACUCAUCCAUUGGAUAUGCAUGCAUGUCUUCAUGCUCCGGACCUCCUACCUUAUAAUCUCAAUACCUAACCCGACUGACUCCCACAACAUCCAGGUCCUGCAUUCUUAGGGUGUUAGCUUAGGAAAACUUCAAAUAGCCUCUACACUUAGUUUUAUUCUUAUCAUCUUGAAAAUGAAAGAACGAUUAUCACUAUGUGACACUUCUAAAAGAAACACUUAUAAAACAUCCUCUCUGUAAAAUCAAUCUCUAUCUUCAUUAACUUACCCAAACUUAGGCUUAAUUGGGAUAAAAGCUGUUAUUAAAGUAAUAGCAUAUAAAUCCCGAAAUUUUGAAAGAAUGUGUUAAUUUUGCUGACAAAAGUAACAUAAAUAAAUGUAGUGGUAAUAGUUAAUCUGGUUUUCAAAAGUUUGAAAUAAAGCGAAUUACUCAUUUAGGAUGAAUUAGUCUAUAACCAGAGACUUGAAAUUACUGUAAUGAAAAUUUCAGGAUAGGAAAUGGGAGAAUCUGUUCAGGAAAAAGAAGGUAAAUCUAUGAAUAUGCUUCAGUUUAAUUUAUAGAAACCCAAAGAGGCACAAAUUUUAAGGAUCUGACACAAGAAUUCGCACGUUAGGCCUAGACCCCAAAUAUUAGACAUUUGGUUGGCUGUCUUUUUAGACAAACAGAAGAAUUAGUGAAUACCUGGCAAGAAUGUCAAAUUCCCAGAUGUGGCAGAGGACCUGCCAUACCAUCCUCAGCAACCGCAUUCAAAACAACCUCCCCCCCACACACACUAGCAUGUCUUAAAAAUUCCUCUUCUGUAGAAAUGCCACCCCUCCUCUGUCACUUACUUUGGAUUAGCAUCAUUUAUCUGCAGAGUUUUGGGUGCAUCAUCAAGGAUCCUAGCCAUUCUUGAUAUAAAGUAUAUCACAUUCAGUUAUCUAUAAGUGAAUAAACAUGAACAAUGGUUUUGAAGUUGCUAUGUUUGAUUAGCUUGAUUAGCUCGUAUCAUAAUUAGAAAAAUAUUCACUGAUAAUUUAGGAAAAAAUUGCAAUAGAAGGCAAUAUGUUAUAACACCACUUCCAGAGGUAAGGGCACCUGACAGUCUAAGAUCUAUCAAGGAAUUUAACAUGUGAGCUAUUUUACUGCUCAUUCAAAUCUUCACCAAAGUAUGUCUAUAAUAUAUCUAAAAAUAGCUGCUACGUUAAUUUUUCCAGCACUCAACUGGUUUCAUUAUUUCCCUUAAUGUUGGCAGAAAAAUCCAAAUAAUAUUUUAAGAACAAAAUGACUGAAAUUUUGCGCAAAGGAUGAUAGAAACUUCAAACAAUAGGUUCUUAUAAUCUCUGAUUGAUUUGUAGAUGCUUGAGCUAUAAUUUAUAUGAACUUAUGUUUUAUUUAGUCCAAGUAACACAUACAUGUUUAAUUGAUGGUAAUUCCAAAGAUUGGUUCAGCUAAGGCUUCCAACCAUGGGAUUUUUUUGUUUUGUUUUCUUUCACCCCUAUCUAGUUAUGCAGCAAAGAAAACAGACUGAAAAUCAUAAGCUAGUUUAUUGGAACUCCAUGUGUAACAGAAGUCUUUAAUAAAUAAAUAAGAAGCAAAAUGCAACUUGUCUAUGGUUGGGAUAAUUUUUAAUAGCCCUCUUUAGGUCUUCGAGUAACUGUGGGGAUUUUGUGUGGAGCUGGAAAGGCAGAAGUUGGGAAAUGCAGGAUAAGUUGAAUAUUGAUACACAGUCCCACAAUUUCAGCCACUAGUCUUGCACCCUUUGGUGAUGGGCAAGCCUUGCCUCUGCUUCCCUAACUUAAUUCCAAGUCCUGUCUGUGACUUGGACUCAGUCCGUUUUACUCUUCUACAUGCAUCAUCCCAGCCUAUUAAAUGGUAAGAACGUCCCUGUCCUAUGCAUCAGUGCUCUACAGCUGCCCCUCCUGCCGCUGGUAAGAUCUUCAUUCAAGCAUGAUAUCACUAAAAAGAAGGUUCUUGCAGGUUACUUAAGGCAUUCUAAGUAGAUUAUGCACAGGGCUGGGAGUGAAAACUUUUGUUAAAGAAGGUUAAGGAUCUAUCAUGAAUUAGUCAUUUAAUAUGUGCUAAACAUUGAACCAUAAGGUUUUCGUGUAUUCAUUACAAUCCUCACUACAGCACUACAUGACACUUAUUUUACAGAUAAAUUUGAAGUCCAUAUUACCUCUAUAGGGAAUAUGUUUUUGUGAAGGAAUUUUGAGUGGACUUACAGUUCAUGUGUCAAUUCACUUAUUCACCAUACUUUUUGAGUAUCUGCUGUCAAGGUAUUGAUUAGCAUGAAGGAAGGACACAAAAGCUAGUUGACUUGGAGAGACUCUGGAGACCCUACUGGAGACCCUAAAAGCUCUCCAGACUUUAAAACUAGCCAGGAAUUCAUGAAGAAGAGAAGGAGAGGAGGGGCGUUCCAGGUAGCGAUAACCGGGAAAGGCACUGAGAACUGUUAUCUGUUCUGCGGUAGAUGUGGUUUCUUUCUGAAAUGGUGGUUAUGAGGAAAGGAAGUAGUUUAUCAAGUUAGAGGGAGUUAUUGGAAAAUUUGGAUAGAGAUCACCACCUGUGUUUUCCUUAAUUAGUCUUUGACUCACUAGUUGUCAUAGGACAUCCGUUAAUAAGUAGCCUUUCCAAAAGGCAAGUGCAAAUAGAACAGAACAAAACAAAAGUACAUGCUUGCUCUCUCCCCAUUUCCAGUCACUCAACUACCCCAGCACAUUUAUAACAAAGAAGUUUGCUCUGUAGUUGAAUAUCAAGGGAUGCCUGAAGAGGAAAGAAUGUGUGACUGUGGUCUGGUGUGCAUGCUGAUCAUUGCCAGGAAUAACAGUAAGGAGGAUAACUGGGUAUGUUUCUUGUGGACUCCACCUGGCCAGGGACAUCUUCUUUUCCUCUCCCUCCCCCCUCUAAGUACCUCCAUCCACAUUACCAGGCACUGCUAUCAAUUCUGGGAAUGCACUGGUGAAUAAAACACACUUGAGCCCUGCCUCCAUGGAACUGACGGUCUAACGGGGACUAUAAAGAAACAUACUCUGCAUUUCACGAUGUUCCUAGCACAAAGGAGCCUGCACCAAGUGGGAAGUGAAUAUUCUUGUCAAAUCUGUGACUAGCAGUCAAAUAUAUUCAAAUAGAAUCAUUUUAGGAAUAAAACAAUCUGUUUUUCUUUUCUCUACCGUGUAAAUAAUACCGGAAGGAAGGAAGGGAAGGUAGCAAAGAGGGAAGGAAGGAAGGAUGGAUGGAUGGAUGGAAGGAAGGAAGGAAGGUACUCUGAACCUAAAGCUGAACACAGAAACUAAGGUGCACAAGGAAAAUCAUUCCUCUGACAAUUGUGUUAAUUAUUGUAUGGGCUAUUUAAGAAUCUCUUUGAAGUCUGAUGUAGUUAAAACUUUAGGGAAAAAAAGGAUAAAUUAUAAUCUGAGCAAAUCUUUUUCAUAGUACAUUGCAAUUGCUCUUUCCAUUUUAUUUCUUUAAACUAUUUCUGUAUUACUCUUACUCUCUUGAGAUGAAAUGUAAUUUUUAUUUGAAGCAUAUUAACACUGGUAUUGAAUUUCACCUACGUGUCUCAAAUUUUCAAAUGUCCUAGAUAUGUGGUGUUUUCCCAUAUGUUGUCUUUCUCUCUAUUUCCAAACUUAGGAUAUAUAGAUUUUUAAUGACUUAAGAAAGCAAAUGUUCUUGCUCAUUUGACAUCCGUGAAGUUCUCCAUUCCUCUUUUUGGAAGUCAGCUCAGCUCCCAUCACUGUCACUUUCCUCAUUUAGUAAAUGAGCAAUGUAUUCUAAUCCCUGCAUUAAAAUCUGGCACCUUUCAAGCCUGCCCUACUGGCCUGGUGGUUAAAGUUUGGUGCUCUCCCUGCUUCCAUGGCCCAGGUUUGCUCCCCAGUUGCAGAACUACACCAUCCACCUGUCAGUUGCCAUGCUGUGGCAGUGGCUCACAUAGAAGAACUAAAAGGACUUACAAUUAAGAUAUACAACCAUGUACUGGGGCUCUGGGGAGAAGGAAAAAAAAGAAUAAGAUUGGCAAUAGAUAUUAGCUUGGCACAUCCUUCCCUACAAAAAAAAAAACAUGGCACCUAUCUCUGAAAAAUGCAUAAGACACUUAUCUUAUUCCUUGUGUAAUGCAAAUAAUGUUCUAAAACCAUGUUGUGCUGCAAUGAGAGGUUACAUCCCAAUUUUAUUGGUAUUUAUUUAUUUAUUGUUUUAAUUAUGUAUUCAUUUAUUCCUUUAUCUUGUUCCAAAAGAUUAAUUUUGUUGUAGAUUUGUUUAAAGUUGUUGGAAUUUUAAAAUAUGGCUGUUAUAACUUAUCAAGCCAUUUUAAUUUGAUGCCUUAAUGCAAUAUUUCACAAAACUUUGAAGGAGGAUUUAUUUAUCUGUAUGAGAACAUAUAAUACAGCCAAGAAGUGGUGCAAUUGCUUUCCUAAGAUACCCAUGAAAAGAUAAAUGCAUAUAAAGAAUGCAGUUAAUAAAAAUUAACGCCACACAAGCAAAAUAGAUGGUUUUUACUUCUCAUUUUCAAACACUAACCUGAGCGCCCUGGCUAAUUCAAUGCUAACCAAAACAUGGCACAGUUAACAGUUGGUUUAUGUGUGCUGAUGAACAGGUGGUUAUUUCUGUAGAUUUACCAAAAUAAACUGAAAUUAUACACAGUCAGUUAUCUUUUAUCCAACAUUCAUUAUAAGAUUAUCUAAAAUACCGCAUUUGUGGAACACGAGCAGAAAGGUACAUGCUUGUAUACACACAUAAAAACUUCGCAGAAUCCCAUUACCAUAAGAGCAUAAGGUUUUCUCUAACCAACAGACUGCACUGGUGGGUUUUUCACAAGUCUUGUUUGUACCCCCCAGUUCCUGGCUUAAUUCAAAAGAGGAGAUUUCUAUUAAAAAUGUUAUAUUUACAACAUUUUUGUAUCUGAUAUGAGCUUUGAAAUUAGAUAGAAUAAUAAAAAUCCCUAGGUCAGUAGAUACUGACCUGCUGUGAGGUCUUAAGCAAGUUUCUUCAUUUUAAAUCUCCAUUUUCCCAUCUGUGAAAUUCUCAAAGUUGAUGCAAGAAUUAAAUAAAACCACGUGUGAAAAUGAAUAGAACAGUACUUGUUUCCUCUUUGUGUUCACCUCCAAUUCUCUAGUCUUCUUGGAUAUAUAUACCCAGAGAGAGAGAGGGAGUGCAGAGAUAUGCUAACUUUGAUCCUUUUAUUGUAUGUGCCCCAAGGAAAGGCAAACCCAUGUAUAAUGUGAUGCACCAUUUUCUCAAUGACAAGAUAUUAAAAAUAUUUUCAGAUAACUUGAGCAUACAUAGUUAAGACAUAUAGACCAGACGUCUAUUCUACUAUUUAAUGUGUUAAUUGAGUUGCACAAACAUGUAAAAUCACAAUUAUACAAUUAAUAUAUUAAUUGGAAAAUGCUUUUGUCUGUUCAUAUUUCAAGAAAAAUUUUAUUCAAACUUGCACUUACUUCAGUUUCAGUCUUCAUCAUUUCUAGAGCCAUGUUUUGAGUUUUUCCAGAGUAUAUCAUAUUGACUUCUGACUUUUCUUGCGAUAUAAAACUUUUUCAAUUCAAGUAUGAUGCUAUUACUCGAAAUUUCAUUCCAUGUUACAAAUGCCAUUUUUAUAAGAGUAAGCAUAACUUUGUGUUCAUACCAUCAUUCAGUAGAUAUGUCAUUGUGAUCUUCUACGUUGUAACUAUUGUGUUUUACCUAUUUUAAUGUUUUCCACUUAUUUAUCAUGAAAUAUGCAUAAAAGUUGGGGGUCUCUAAGACUAUGUGUGAACACUGCAUUUACUUCACUGGCUAGGAUGGAAUAAGUGGAAAUCAAUCAGAAGUAGCAUGUCUAAAUUACACUUAUAUGUGUAUAUAUAAUAAUUAUUCACCUUGACACCAUACGUAACAAAGGAUUAUAUUAAUAUAAAAUUACCUAGUCUACAUAGAAUAACUUUUGCUUUUAUUUCACUUGUCAUUCACACAUAUUCUUUGUGUUGGGGUACAUUAUCCUCUGGUUGGUGCUUUGUAAGUUUGGAUGCUUUCUCUCUUUCACAACUAUAGAUUGGGACCUAGGAGCAAAUUCCAGAGCCUCCAGCCAGAAACUCAGCCUUCCAGCAAGGAGUGCAAGAGAACAUGCACCUCUGCGUUGGGACCAAGUGCCAUAGACCUGUGAUAGUAGGGUUCAUGCUCUUGAUAGAGAGGAAUUCCUUUUCUGUGAUUAGUUUUCCCUUGCGUGUUGCUGUCCACUCCUUUGCUGUGGUUCACUGUAUGUGAAUUAGAAAACACUAUCGUGUUGAUCUUUGAGUAUGCCAGCUCUACUGCCCCCACUUAUCAGACUCUAGGUGCAGUGGAUAUGCAAAAUAAGUUACAGCAAUAUGUUGACACUGAAGAGAUGUGUUGGCCCAACUGGGAAAUCAGAAGCCCUCCUCUAUGAUACUGAUAAGUUUCUGUGGCUAGAGCUGGGACUUCAAAUUCAUAUACUCACAAAGUCUACAAUAUGGUACAAAGCAUGUAUGAUAUAAAAUAUAUUAAUAACAUGAACAUGAGUAUACCUACCAUCCACUCUAAGAAAUGCACAAUUAAUACUAGUAGUUAAGCCUCCCAUCUGACCUUCCAUUGUCACAUCCUCCUCUCCCACCAGCCAUCCCAGAGGAAACAUCCUUCCUGAAUUUUGUGUUUUAUUCUCUUACUUUUCUUUAUAGCUCCUCCACAUAUGUCUCUCUCCUUAUCAACAUAUUGUGUAUUUUUGCAUGUUUUCCAACUUUGUGUAAGCCUUAACAUACUGCAUAUAUUCUGUGCAGCUUGCUUUUCUUUUGUCUGUCUACUGCGUGUUGAUAUUUGUAGGUGAAGAUCACUUAUUUUCAACUUGUUGUGUUCCGCUAUAUGAAUAGGCCGUUAUCUGAACAUACCAUUAUCUAUCUGUUAUCCUGUCAAUGGAUUUCGGGAAUAUUUCUAAUUUUUGCAAAUUCAAGCAUUGUAUAUAAAAAUUCUUAUAUAUGUUCUGUAAUGCACAUAUACAAGAAUUUUGUUACUGUGUUUUGUUUGUACCCAGAACCUUCCCACCCAUCCCCAACGACCCUCCUUCCUUGUAUGUAUAUCUAGGGCAGAAAGCACAUCCUCAACUAUUUUAGACAAUGCCAAAUUACUAUUUUUCUAGAUUGCCUCUACAAAUUGACAUUCUAACCGUUAUAGAAAAGUUUCUGUUGCUCCAGAUUUUCUCCUGCCCUUGACAUUUUCAGACUUUUUAAUGUUUUCCUGUCUGGUAGGGUAGAAGAGUGUCACAUUUUUGUUUUCAUUUGCGGUUCUCUGAUUAUUAAUGACACAUAGCAUAUACACAACUGUGUGCGCACACACACACACAUAUAUAGUAGUCCGUAUUUUUUCCAUUUGUGUUUCUUUUGUGAAAUGAAAUCUAUGUUCAUGUUUUUUAAUCCAUUUUUCUCGGGUUCAUUUUUUAAUUGAUUCAUUGAAGUUUACCAUAUAGUAAUAAUACUAACCAUUUUUUGGUUAUGUGUAUUGUGAAUAGUUUUUGGCUUAUAUUUCCAUGGUCUUUGUACUAUGACUUUUGUGGUAUAUUUUGACACACAGAUGUUCUUAAUUUGAAUGUAAGUGAAUAUGUCAGUGUUUUCCUUUUAUUUAUGGGGUUUUGUUUUUGCAACUUAUUAAAGAAUCUUUCCCAAAGUCCUGGCACUAAAAAUGUUCUCCUCUAUUCUCUUCUAAGCAUUUUAAUUUUUGUAUUUGUUAUUUAUUGCUGCAUAACAAUAUUACCACAAACUUAAUGACUUAACACACAUUUGUUAUCUCAGAGUUUCUGUGGGUUGGGAAUCCAGGCAGGGCUUACCUGGGUCCUCUGGUCAGGGUCUUUCAUAAGCAUAGCUACAAUCAGUUGCUGGCUAGGACUGGGAUCUCACCUGAGACUCACCUGGAGAAGCAUCCUCUUCCAAGUUCUGUGGUUGUUGGCAAGAUUUGGUUCCUUGUGGGUUGUUGAACUAAAAGCCUCAGUUCUUUUCUGGUUGGUGGCUGAGGAUCACCCUCAGUCACUUGCCAUGUGGGCUUCUUUAUGUGGCAGUUUAUUUCCAGAAAGCCGGGAUGAGAGAGAAUCAAUCGAUAGAGACACUGCUAACAACGUAGCAUAUCAUGGAAGUGACACCCGAUCAACUGUGGUUAGAAGCAGGUCACAGGUCCCACCCACCCAAGGGGAAGGGAUUACACAAGGGAAUGAAUACCAGCAGAUGUAAGAAUUGGGAGUCAGUUUAGAGUCUGUCUGCCACACAUUUUGUCUUUUAUAUUUAAAUAUUUAAUCUGCCUUAUAUUAAUUGUAUUUAUUCUGAGAUAGUUGUUUCUUCUGUGUGGAUAACCUGUUGUCCGAGACUGAAAAGAUUGAAUAACCUUUUCUUUCCCACUAACCUGCAAUGCCGUCUCUACCGCCUAUCAGGUCCUUAUAUUUUGUGUGAGUCUCUUUCUGAGCUCUGUAUUCUGGCAAAUUUGUUUACGCCAAUGACAAUACCACAUUGUCUUAAAUACUAUAGUCUUUUUGUGAUAUAGUCUUUUUUGAAAUCUGGCCAGGCAAAUCUCUUUUCUUCUGUUUUACCUCAUUUUGUCUUAGACCUUCUUAAGCCUUUGUUCUUCCAUAUGCAUUUUAGAAUUAGUUUGCACAGUUCCUCAAAGCAAACAAAGAACAAUACAUGCUAACUGUAAGUGCAUUACAUCAAUUUUGGGAGAAUUGACUUCUUUACAUUAAUUAGUCUCUAUUCAUGAGCAUGAUAUGUCUCUCUUUUUAUAUAAUUCUUGUUAAUCCUUUGAGAGAUUUAAGUCUGAGCACUUUGUAUAUUGUUAUUACAGCAGAUAAUAUUUAUUUUUAAUUAUAUGUUCUGUUACUAGUCUAUAGAAAAUGUGAUCGACUUUUGUAUAUUUAUAUUGUAUCAGGGACCUUGUUAAAUCCUCUUAAUAAUUUAAUAAUUUGCCUGUAAAUUCUUUCAAAAUACGUAGGUGGUUUUGUAAUCUGUAACUAAUGAGAAUUAUAUUUCCUUCCUUCUAAUCUUACAACUGUUUAAUAUUCUUACUGCAUUUGUUAGGGCCUCCUUGUAAAGUACUGAAUGGAUUUGGUAAUCGUGAGUGUUGUACUGUUCCUAAUGUGAAUGGAUUGCUUCUUCAUUUCACCACUGAGCAGAUGGAUGCUGUAUCAUAGAUUGACCUUAUCAGGAUGUGGUAUUCCCUCUAUUCCUAUUUGGAAUAUUUGAUAAGUAACUUUUUAUCAUCAGUGCAUGCUGAGAUUUAUUCAAUGCUGUUCCUGCAUUUAUUGUAAUAGUCCUAUAUUUCUUUAUCUUAUCUGUUAAUAUGGUGUAUUAUGUAAAAGUAUUUUUUUUUCUUUUGAGAUUAAACCAAACUUGAUUUGCUAUGAUAAAACCAGCCUGGCAAUGAUUCAUUAUAUUUGUAUACGUUGCUGGAUUGAGUUUGUUAAUAAUUAAUUUAAGAUAUUUAUAUCAGCAUUUGUAAUUGUGAUUUUUUCAUACUAGUCUAAUUUUAAAGUCGGUAUACUUGUCACAUAAAAUAAGUUAAGGAUGUUCUGUUUUUAUACUCUCUAGAAGAGUUUGCGUAAGAUUGAAUGUUUAUUAGAACUCAUCUGUAAAAUAACUGGCCAUUGUGUUUCAUUUGUGAUAACGUUUUAACUUCAUGUACAAUUUAUUUGAUGGUUAUAUGCUUGUUUUAUUUAGCUCAUGUAUUUAUUUUGAAGUCUAUUUUGGCAAGUUAUAUUUUUAAAUGAUUUGCCUUUUUCUUUUAAUUUCUCACAUUUAUUGACCUAAACUUGCUCAUAAUGCGUUCUGCUUUACAACACCUUACGCCUUUUUUUCAUCGUUAAUAUUGAGUUUGUGAGCCUUAUUUCUGGUGGUUUUUGGCUGGUAGACAUUGACAAAAAAUAAUGGGCCAUAAAUUAAAUCGCCUUUUAUAGAAGUCUUUCAAAGACUAACUUUCAGCUUUUUUUGUCCCUGCCUACUAUUUUAUGCUUAUUUGCUAUUGUAUAACUUUGGCUCCUGAUCUUAUAUAUUUCCUUCAUUCUAUUUUAUUUAUUUUCUCUAAUUUGCUGUUGUUGUGUUUUGUAUCUUUAAUUAUAUACCCCAUUAUUUUUUUGUCAAUGUCCGCCAGCCAAAAACUACCAGGAACAAACUGGAUUUAUUGGCUGUUACAGUAAGAGGAAUUUAAAUAGUACAACUUUGCUCUGAAUUAGCUGCUGUCAGGAAGUGGGGGUAAUUCUAUGAUUGGAUAUCUGAAUAAGUCUUAUCUAGUAGGAGGGAAGAGUAGAGAGAGGCUGAAGCUGUAAUUGGUAAAGAAGUAGCCAUCACUUCUCUUAGCUGGGAGAGAGCAAUGUGUAGUAUUCUAUGGUUUGGAAGGUGUUUAUGUAUUUUUUUGUGAAAGACAUGAUUACAGAGUGGUCUUGUUUUUGUCUUGAUCCAUUAUAAUCACAGGGUUGCUUUGUCUUUUGAAAUUACUUAUGUUCAACAGGAGGACACCAGGCCUGGCUAAUGAUGACAGGCCAGCUCCUGGAUGUCAAGAGCUACUUUGUUUUGUUUUUCAUUCUCAUUUAAAAAUAUUAUUAUUUUUACCGUGUUAAUUUAAGGUAAUUGAUUUACCUCUGAAACCAUAUUGCUUGUGUCCAGACAUUUUAAUAAGUAGUUUUUCCAUUAUCCCUUAUAAGUAUUUUCUGAAUUCCAGUGUGAUCUCAUAUACAACCAUGAGUAUUAAUUCUUGUCUUCAGAGGGUUUCUCUAAGUGAUCUCUUGUCACUUUUUAUCUUCAGUACAUUGCAGUCAGAAACUAUGGACUGUGUGGCACCCAUUUUGUGAAAUGUACGUCUCUCUGCCUGGAUAUGGACUGGUAUCUGGUAAAUUUUCGUAAAUGCUGCAUGUGUCAUGUAAAAUAAUGGAUACUCUUCACUGUUUGCGUAUGAUGUUCUAAAAAUGCCUGCAGUAUCUAGCUUGACAAUUUUCAUAUUCAAAACGUGUAUCCAUAUGAGUUUUUUCUAAUCUUUCAAUUACUAUAAAAGGUAUAUGUCAUUAGAUGCAUAUGCACAUUAUUAGGUGCAUAUAAUCUAGUGUUUGUUGUAAAUUUUAUGAAUUGAGCCUUUAUGUAGUAAAGGCUCUUUAUUUCUGGCAUUGCUUUUGGCUUACAGAAUUUUUUUUAUGAUACUCGAUAACAUAAAUGUUUCUCUUGUUUUAUACUAGCCUGGCAUGUAAUUUUUCAUCUUGAUAUUUUCAAACAUUUUGCGGCCUUAUUUUUUCGAAUACUUCUUAUAAGUAGAAUAUAGUGAAUUUUUAUUCAUAGCCUAAGAAUCAUUGUCUUUUAUUAUCUGAAGUCUUUAAUCUAUUUAUAUUCAUUGUGAUUAUUGAAGUGUUCAGAUUUGUUUAUAAUAAUUAGUAUGUACUUUAUAUCUCUAUUAUAUUUCUUUUAAAUUUUCUCCCUUCUUGAUUUAUUUUUAAUUGAUUGUUCCUCCCUCUCUUUUACUGAUUUAGAAGCAAUGCAUCCUGUUUCUCUUAUUUUGAGACAGUAUGGAAAAAUUAAAACUGAAGAUUACUGUUUUCUACACCCAAUUUUUCUUUAUAUUUAUGCAUAUGUUUACUUUUUUUUUUGUCCUUUCUAGCCCAUCAAGCUGUUCAAGCCUUUCUUCUGUGUCUGUCUGUUUUUUUUUUUUUCCUAUUUUCGGUAUAUCUUAAUGUUUUCUCAAUUUUUGUUUGCCUGAAAUAUGUCUUUUUUGACGUUCAUUCUUGCAAAAUAAGUUUGCUGUACAUGCAGUCCUGGGUUAACAGCAGUUUGAAUAUAUUAUUCUACUGAUUCUUUGGCUGCUUCUGCCUUCUUUGUGAAAUAGGUAGCAAGGUUAACAGCUGAGAAUAAAUAUGGAUGAAGAGGGUGUUGGAAGUUAGAGGAGAGAAAAGAGGGUAUGAAAUUUUCAUCUAGGAGAAUGAGGGCAGAAAGGGGUAGAAGGAGAAAUUGUAGAAAGAGUCUACAGGGUCCCCUUGAUCGUCAUGACUCUGCAUUUAAAGUAAGAGACUCGGUUUCUCCCGGCUUGGUUCAGCUGCACACAACGAAGUGUGGAAAAAUGGAAAGCUGGAUUGACCAGAUUGUGGUUGUUGCAUUGUGAGAUGACAGGGGAAGAGAAUAUGAGAUGAGGUUGUAUGCGGGGGACGGAUUGCAGAGUAAAGAGGCUUAUGAGGAAAUGAGACUUAGGAGACAUAGUUGCAAAGGAUUUUAGAUUCUGCUGGCGUGAGAGACUGUUGGAGUGGAGCUCUAGCUGGUAAGAUCGGACCCAAUGCUCUAAGAGUGGGAUCCUUGAAACUGAGAUUAUCGAGGCAUUGACAUUAUUGCUAAUAACAAAAUCUAGGGCAGUGGUUCUAAAACUUUUUUUGCUUGAAAAUGCUUUGCACUCUUAAAAAUUGAGUGCUCACAAAACUCUGUUUUAUAUAAAUAUUUAACAUACUCAAAAUUAGAACUGAGGAUUUUUUUAAUAUUCAUUUAUAGGUUUAUUUAAAAAUAACAGCAGUAAACCCAUGAUAGCAUGAUAUAUGAUAUCAAAAUUCUUUGAUAAAAAUUACUAUAUUUUCCAAAAGAAAAAAAAUAGUGAGAAGAAUGUCAUUGUUUUAUGUUUUUACAAAUCUCUUGAAUGUUUGGCUUAUUAGAAGACAGCUGGAUUUGCGUAUGUGCUUCUGGAUCACAUGAUGUGAUUAGCUCUGGAAAACUCCACUGUAGACUUGUGAAAAACUGAGAGUUAAAAAGAGAAAUAAUUUCUUUAUAUUAUUAUAAAAGUGAGUUUUCCCUCACCGUCUGAAAGUGUCUCAAGGACCCCAGGGAUCCACGGAGCACAGACUGAGAGUCACUGGUCUCGAGUAUGACAGAAGGAGUGAAGGAAUAAAGACAUCUGAUUAUUUGAGAUGAGAACAUCCAGGAACUAAGAGCCCAGAGAUUUGGAAGGAACAUCUAUGUGUAAGGUGAUCAAAAAAUAUGUCACCAACCUGGUAUAAUUAUGAGAUUAAAAGAACAUUGAAAAUAAUUUCUUAAACUAUAUGUUAAUUCUGGAAUUGUUGCAAGCAGACUAGGACAUUUGAUGGAUAUUGAAAUUACAAAUAAUAAUAACAGGAGAAGUGUUGAGAGGGUAACAGUGAGCCGGGAGAUGAAAAGUUAUGGAAUGGGGUGGAGUUGGAGAAGGACUAUGCCAGGCAGGAUAAUGAAUGAAUGGCAUAGUCUAAUGACCAGAGACUCAGCACUGCGUGCUUUUUGGGAGGAGGAAUAAUAAUUAUCUAGAAGGUGAAAAAGAAGCCAAAGGACACCUGCUCCACCUUCAGAACCAGGCAGGAGGAGAGUAGAAGAGAGCACAGCCAGUGCUUGAAUGAAGCUCAAAGGAAUAAAUGUCCUCUGGUGUGAGCCAACUUGCAGCAGGAACAAGCGAGGAAAAGGAAUGUGCAGAGAAGAGAUUGAGGCUGUAAGGGAUUUUGCUGGCUGACGUCCCAGGGGCACAGUGCAAGGGUUUCAGGAGUCAGAGAAGGGUCAGAAAUAGCUUGGAACAGUGUCAUUUGGUUUUAGAGUGUGGACAACAGAAUAAUGUCAUAGUCUUGGGAUUCUUGGGGUGACUAGCAGUAAACAGGUAUUAAGGGCAUAAUGAAAUUAGUUAUAAUGGUCUCAAGGCAGGUAACGGUUAGGAGGCUGUGAGGAUUAGAGGUGGAAGGUUGAGGAUUUAGUUUGGCUACAGCUAACAGACAACAGUGGCUUACUACAUAACGAUUUCUCUACCUCCCAUAUGAGAGAGGUGCAGAGAUACAUAAUACGAGGACUUGUCAGUGUAGCUCCCCCGUGAUAAGGGACACGGCUCCUUCCACCCUUAGCAUGUUUCUCCAUCAUUCUCAGCAUGUGCUUGCCAUUUCUAAGAUUGCCUCAUGAGCCAAGACAGCUAGGAGGGCUCAUCCACCAUUACUGCAUCCCAGGAAGCAGGAAAAAGGAAAGACAAGCAUCCCAGCUGAUGUACUCAUUUUAAAAGAUCUUUCCAAAAAGAGCCUCCCAUCCAACAGCUUCCACGUUUCUGAGCUAUAAUUUUGGUAGAAAAGAAAAAUUUCUGGAAUUACCUCAAGAGAUUUAAAAACAGCAGUGCAGAGGCAUUAGCUUCCCCAGGUUCCUUUCUCCUUGGCCUGGGGUGGUCCGAGGUAUCUGCAUUUUUAAAAAUGCUCUCUCUCCAGGGGAUUCUGUUGUGUGGCCCGGAUUGAGAUCUGCUGCAUUAGGCAGAUAACAUUCCAAUCACUUACAGUUGUUUCUUGUUUUUUGUGGUAGUCACGGUCUAUGUAAUUGCUGCAAACACUGAACUAGUGAGUGCUGCACCAUUGCUCCUAGGGAAAGUGUACGGCUGGGUCCCUUCAUGUUUCUGUUCCCUACAUUUUUGUCAACUGAUCAGUGCCUAACCUUUUCUAUGUAUAUUUCUGUUUAAAGACAUCUUAUUUAAUUUAUAUUGAUGAUUCAUUUCAACAUUGAACUCAUGGCCGACAACUCAUUUCCUCUGUAAGUACAUCACAGCCUUCUUAUGCCUAGGAACACAAGGCAGCACUUCAUCAUUAUGCUUCAGGAUUUCCAACAGGGAAAUCACCAAGAAAAGCCCCCCGAAUGUGAAAAGUAAGGCACUCGAUCGACCCUGAAAAGCACACUUGCUUACAGUAGGAGAGCUGAGACAAGAAGGCACAGCCUCAUCUUGCCCAACCUCAGCUGGGUAUGUGAGUGCUGGGGGCCUCUGAUUUUGUGCCACUCUGUGCAUAUCUGCAAAUAACCAUGUGCCAUGAUUGUUGAUUUGGGGAGAACAAAUAAAUUUUAGUGAGUAGACAAAUUCAAAAAUAGAGGAUCUGCAAAUAAUGAGGAUCAACUGUAUCUGGAGUUCUUUUUCCUUCUAAUCUCGCUCUUUGAUCUUUCAGGUAUUUCCGCCGUGAAAAAUAGCUUCCACAUCUACUCCCCCAUCUGUACCUGAGCACUCUCUGCCUUACUUUAACAACCAGAAUUAUUUUGUCUGCCUCUGUCUUUCAAUUAUUGCAGAAGUUUUUGUCCUUAUUCUUUCCUUCAUUUUCAACACUUUUUAAGAGUGAUAUUGUAUACUCUCAAUAAAGUAUUGUGAGGGAGAGGGGA